AUGCCAGUCAUAGAAAUAACUUUGUUUGGUGGCAUUUAUGAAACAUUCGAAACUGCUGGUGCUCCAACAAAUCCUUUCUUUUAUCCUUUAUCAACCCGUCACAGACUGAACGAUUUAACGCUAUGGGAAAUAUCGGAAUUGCAAGCCCAAUACAAUGUCGAGCAGGUAUACGCAGAAUUAGCGAUAGAAGAAGAUCAUAUAUUAAAAAGGAUGUUUGGUCUUGAUGUACCCGAAGUUAAGGAGCUAAGAAAGAAUGUUCAAAUGCUAUUUUUGAAUGUUCAUCCUCUGUGGGAUUUUAUUAGACCUGUUUCUGCAGAUCCUUUAUUUGGGUGGCUACAACCAACAUCGUCAGAGCAGUUACCACAAAAAUUGCACACAAUAAUGCUUGAUCCACCUCAGACUCCUUUAGAGCGCGCCGUGUGGUGGACAGAAUAUGUUCUUCGACACAGCGAUGCGUUAUAUCUACGCUUUCCUGCAGCUGCUCAUAUGCAC